AUGUUGGAUCCAAGUGAUCCAGAUGCCUACACAGUCGGGUGGGUUUGUGCUCUGUCGACAGAGUUCACCGCAGCCCAGGAACAAUUCGACGAGGAAUAUGAGCCACAUGAAUCACCUGAACACAGGGAUGCAAAUGACUUUAAUGUGUACAGUUUCGGCAAGAUCAAAGGCCACAUGGUGGUUGUCGCUGUACUGCCAAACGGUCAAUACGGGACUGCAUCUGCAGCCACUGUGGCCAAGGAUAUGAUACGCAGCUUUCGCAACAUCCGAUUUGGUCUUAUGGUCGGGAUUGGCGGAGGUGCUCCUACUAAGCAGCAUGAUAUUCGCUUGGGGGAUAUUGUGGUCAGCUCACCUUCGCCGGGCCAAAGUGGUGUCUUCCAAUACGACUUCGGAAAAGCUACAAAAGACGUAUUUCAGCACACCGCAUCGCACAAUAAACCACCCCCGUUGCUGCUUGCUGCAGUAGCGGGGCUCAAGACCCAAUACGAGCGAAAGGGCCUUCAGAUCCAUGAUAAGGUCAGCACCAUCGUCGCAAACAACAAGAGAUUAAGUGCCAAGUAUGGACGUCCAGAGGAUCCAGAUUCUCUUUUUUCCCCUUCGAUUGAUCAUAAGAGUGAUCCAUGUCCUAAGUUUUGUGUAACGGCCCCGACUGAUCUAGUAGAUCGCAAACCACGACAAGAACCAAUGGAGGUUGUUGAAGUCCACUAUGGCACCAUUGCUUCGGGUAAUACUCUCAUGAAGGAUGCUUUUAAGCGAGAUGAACUUGCUUCCAAGGCAAAUAUCUUGUGUUUCGAAAUGGAAGCCGCUGGACUGAUGGAUGGGUUUCGAUGUCUUGUUAUUCGAGGAAUUUGCGACUAUUCUGAUUCUCACAAGAAUGAUACAUGGCAGGGUUAUGCAGCUAUGACAGCGGCUGUAUAUGCUAAACAAAUCCUCGGCAGAAUCGGCCCAGAGGCCGUUGCAAGGGAGGAAACUAUUAUCUCGAAAAUUGAUGAAGUCAUUUCCGGCGUGGAGAAUCUGAAACGAUCUAUUUCAGAACAGGAAGUGCUGUACUGGCUCUCAUAUGAAGACUUCGGUACUUAUCAGUUCGAUGAACGCAGUAAGAAAUCUCCAGGGACGUGCCAGUGGUUUCUGGACUCGCCGGAAUAUCAGUCUUGGACCCAAGAGAAAGGCCAAGUCCUUUUCUGCCCAGGCAUUGCCGGGGCUGGAAAGACCGUGCUUGCAUCUGCCAUCAUCGAAAGCCUGCAUUCUCGCUUUCAAUCCGACUCAAGCACUGCCAUCGUCCAUAUCUACUGCCGAUAUAAUCGUGUCGAUCGGCAAACAUUCAACAAAUUGCGGACGAGUCUGCUGAGGCAGCUUUGUGAACGAUUAUCUCCACUCCCUGAGGGUAUAAUGCAGCUUUACAACCAAUACAAGCCUCGACGGGUGGAAGCCCCUCCAGAGAGGGUUCUUUCAGAGUUGGAAUCCGUGUCAGGCCUGUUUUCAAAAGUAUUUAUGGUUGUUGAUGCGUUAGAUGAGUGGCGAGCGACAGAACACGCGGACCUCUACUCACUACCAGGCGAGCUUCUCCAUCUUCAAAGGAAAUUGGCCAUGAAUCUACUCGCCACCUCCCGACCAGUCCCCCUCAUUGCAAAUCAGUUCAAUGGUUACCCUUCUAUUUCCAUUACUGCUCAACAACAAGAUAUUUACGCUUACGUUGACAACUUUCGGUGGCCAGAGUCGAGCUGCAUUGGUAAAAUAGCAGGAUUGCGAGGCUUGGUAAAAAAGGUCCUGUCACAAAUUGUUAAGGGAAUGUUUCUUUUAGCAAGGCUGUAUCUCCAUUCACUGGAAAACGAGACCUCUGAAAGAGAUGUUAAAGAUGCUCUGAAGCGGUUCGAGGACCGAGCGAAGAACAAUGAUAAUGAUCCAAAGUUCAAUAUUGUAGACCAAGCAUAUAAUGAUACGCUAAAAAGGCUCAGAGAGCAACAUCAAAGUUCUAGUGACCUAGCAUUUCGGGUCCUGGCCUGGAUAUGUUGCACCGGCUGGAAGCUACGGGCCAGUACAAUCCAAUAUGGCCUUGCCUUGCGAGAAGGAGACACAACCUUUCAUGAAGAUGGCAUAGUCGACAAAUCAUUACUGCUCUCUGUAUGCUGUGGCUUGGUUGAGAUUCCAAAAGGAAGCAGGGAAAUCCGGCUCGUCCACUAUACCACCGAAAACUUUUUCCGGCAUAAUCGGCAUUUGCUUGACGAAUAUUUCCUCGUCCGACAUUCGAUUAACUUUCACCUACCUUCGAAUGCCGAUGCCUAUCUUGCAAGGCAGUGCGCCACUUGUUUGUCUAUUGGCUUACCGAGACAUCGUCGAGGAGGAAUUAGCAACAAACCACGACCUCGAAGCUCUUAUGCUAUGUUCGAACCUGGCAUGCGAGAUGUUUCUUCCGAAGAGAGCGAGUACUAUCUUUUGAUGUACGAGCACAGCAGCAAUCCAUUAUAUGCAUAUAGCGCAUUCAACUGGGGCGGCCACGUGCGACGCCUUUCACCCUCGGACCAAACCUAUGAGACAUCCAUCGAGUUGUUGCAAACACGAGGAAUGGUCGACCGGGCGGUCGAGGUAGUUCUCGAUCUUGGAUUCGGGAGCGAAAGCGGAGAAGUCCCACAGAAUAUUGGAACUUUGCACCUAGCCGUGCUCUUCGGACUAGGCGAUUUGGCAGAGUCACUGAUGAAGAAUCAUGACAUCAAUUCAAGAGACAGUUGCGGCCAGACUGUACUCGUUUGGACACUGCGCUGUUUAGCAUUCGGAUUUAAAUUAAAAUCGGAAGUCAAGACACUAGUCACACAAAACUUCCAAAUAUAUAAGGGCAUUGACAUUGCUUAUCGUCGUAUUGUCAAGGCUUUGUUAAGAUCAGGUGCUAACCCACAUAUGCUUGGAUACGAGGGGAACACUCCUCUACACUUAGCGACCAUCUUAGGAGACGUCGAUAUCAUUAAAGAGCUCCUCGACUAUGAAGCAGACAUUCGCACAUCGAAUAACUGUGGCCAUAUCCCUCUUGUAUUGGCAGUGCGACAUGGUAGGAAAUUGGCCUACAAGAAGCUCCUUGAAGUCGGUACAGUCGACAUCUGUGGAGAGAACCGUCGAACAGCUCUUAUCGAGGCUUCUUCUGUUAAAAACUUGGCCCUAAUGGAGACACUUAUUGAAUAUGGUGCUAUGGUCGACCUUCCGGAUGACACCGGCCAAACCGCCUUGAUGGAAGCCAGCAAACGGGGCCACGCUCAAAUUGUUAAGCUCCUCCUCGAGAAAAAGUCUGAUGUGGAUCGCCAAGAUCACGACCGUAACACCGCUCUCAUGAAAGCGUGCAUUGGUGAUCAUGCCGAGGUUAUUGAGCUGCUAGUCGCAGCCAACGCUCGACUAGACAUUGAGAACGAUAAAGGGGACACUGCUCUUUCCAAUGCAGCUAUGUGUUGCGGGGAGGACAGCAUCAAGCGACUCCUCCACCACAGUACAGAUCCCACCAUUCGAGAUCAGCAUUCCGGUACUGUUCUUAUUUGCGCAAGCGAUUGGAAGCGUCCAGAUAUUGUUUCACUUUUACUGGAAGACUCCGAACUAAAGCCGACUUCAAAUUUCAUCACUCUUGCGUUAUCAAAGGCGUGUUUAAAUUGGAACGACAGAAUUGUGAGACUUUUGAUUGACCAUGGAGCGAACCCCGACGUGCCCCUCGACAUUAAAAGCGAUGGCAGCGAUUUUUAUAGGCCCAUCCACAUGGCCGCAAUAAGAGGGGGAAAAACAGAGGUCCAAAUUCUAAUUGAAAGAGGUGCUUCUGUUAAUCUUCGUUCGUCCGGAGGACUAUUCCCUCUGGACUACGCAAUGAGGUAUCAAGGCGAAGACCCUUCUAUGGCCGACUUGCUUCGAAAACACGGUGCAAUUACUGAAGGGAAACGACUAGUUCAACUUAUGCAAGAUAGAAGUAAGAGGUUUAAUUAA